CUUGAGCCCUUUGUUUAGACAGAAAAAACCUCAACUGCACCCCCAAUCCACACACACCCCCCCUUUUUUUUAAAAAAAGUCCCAAAAAAAAAAAAAAAGGAUGCUACCACCUUUCCUAAAAAACGAUGUAAACAGUCGGUCUUCUUCUUCCACAAAUACGACUGUAAAGACCGAAUACACUAAACAUCGAAAACCAAGUCAACACCUCGACAUGCUUUCACUUGAUUUGGGACCUUCUAACAAAAGCAAAAGCUUUUACAAAGAUAAAAAGUAUAAUUUAGCUGCCAAUACAACCAGUCGACGCUCUUCUUCUAGUUUAUUAUACCAUCAACAAUCAAAAUGGCUCAAAUUGUUUCUGAUUGUCGUAGGCCUUUUAUUCAUCUUUGGCUACAUUCCUUUCUUUCGUUUUGUCAAGAACGUACCCGACUAUAAAACUCACCCUUCUUGGAAUCUGGAGGAACCCAAACCCAUCCAUGUCGAACGAGACCAAAUCAUUCUUUAUCGCAUCAUUGGUAACGAUUUGCCUCCUCGUCACAAAGAAGGUCAAACACUUUCCAAUCUCCAAUUCAUUCUCGACCAUGAACCUGCAUUUCCAAACACCCAAAAAAUAUUCUUGCUCAACCGCAUUAUAGAUCCUGUAAACGAAGCAACCAUCAUUCGACUACUCGAUAGCUAUCAAAUGGAUUAUAUUCGUUUGCCCUUUGACCAGUCAGAAUAUGAAAAACUCGACUUUCAACUCGAAAAGUUUCCAGACGCUGAUUUCUUCCAUUCUGAUAAUUAUCGCCGUUAUGCAAAAGUAUUGAAAUUACGAGCCUUGGAUUAUACCUAUCAUGUCAAGAACCUAUACGCAAUGAACAAUAAUGGCGGACGUAACACAGCCAUUCAACACGGCCGCAGUUUGCCCAACGCAAAAUGGAUCAUGCCCUUUGAUGGUAACUGUUAUUUGAGUAACAAUGGCUUCAAGGAAAUCACUUCGCAGUUAGAUAAGUUUGGAAAUGAUACAAAAUACUUUGUCGUUCCCAUGACAAGACUCUUGAAUAACUCUGUCUUGCUCAACAAUCUCGAUGAAAGACCAAAAACCCCCGAAGAACCUCAAAUCAUCUUUCGUCAUGAUGCUACAGAAGAAUACAAUCUCAAUAUGCGUUACGGCAGACGAAGCAAGCUUGAGUUGCUAUGGUGUCUGGGUGCUUUGGAAAAUCGUCGUUUAAAUAGACCAACCGUGCCAUGGGAACCAACCGAGCGUCCCUAUAGCAAAGACAAGGGUAAUUUCAAAAACAUUGGCUGGGUCUUUCGAUUAUUUUCAGGUAACCCAUCACAAGAAGAAAACAAAAAGGAAGCUACUUCCAUUCGGGCUUUUAAUCGUUUAAUGGCGAUCCAAUCUUCACUGGAUAGUUUGGAUGAAGGUAUUGCUCGCAAGACUUUCCAUCAUGACAAACUCUUCUUGUACGAUGAACAAUCCAUGAAUAGUGUACGUUAUGAAUAUUGGACCAAAGAUGAGGAAGUCCGUGUAGCCAUUGAGCGCUUAGAAUCAAAAGCAGAGGUCAUCCUGGAGGAGAGCCAAAAACGAUUAGCUCCCAUGUCUUCAGCCACAGAUAAACAAGAUGGUUUACCGUUUGACACUGUACCCGAAAAGGAUGAACUCGGUCCUCUCUCUCAAAAUGUAACCAUCCUGACCAUGGCUAAUUAUUUCACAGGCAAUGAAAAAUUCGGUCGCGGUGCUGCUAACCUGAUUCGAGUUCAUUUCUUGAAUGAAUAUGCCGUAGAAGAUGAAGAUGAAUAUAAUUCAGCACGUAGAAUACCAGAUGAUAGUCACCUUUUGGACUUUUUAUCAGACCAAGGCUAUUAUUUCCCAAGUUUAAGCCGCAUCUCUCAUGUCGUACCCAAAUACAGUAACAAUCGCAUUUUAAAUACCUCCGAUUUAACAAAAACAGAUGUUUCUUCUCUUUUGGACUGCAUGCGAAUCUUGAGACACAUGCAAGCGCUUACUCACAAGGAAUACAUUGAUCUUCAAGCCAUCACCGCUGAAUUUCUCGAAUAUCUCGUCACUUCCCCUACAGGUAUUCAUCUGGCUCAAAUGACGGAUCAUCGUGGCGUUUUGUACGACUUGCAAGUUACAGCCAUGGCGGCUUUCACAGAUGACGUAAGGUUAUUCUUAAGAGUUGCCAAUCGAUGUCGUAUGCGUAUCGGCAAACAAUUUAAACAAGAUGGUACCCAACCCUUUGAAGAAAGUUCGACUCGUGGCCGUUUAUUAUCCUCCAGUACUUCAGAGGUUGAUCCCAAGAUGGAGUGGAGAGCUUUAUUACAUUAUGAAACUUUAAACUUGCAAUACUGGACUUUGUUAACACGGGGUAUUCAAAAUGCUGGCAUUGCCAAGGAUAUAUGGCACUAUACAGCUGCCAACGAAGGUCAGAUCUCGCAUUCAGUUGUAGCUCAUCUCAAGAAAUACUCGGACGCUUUACCAACCCUGACAGCGGGGGAUGCUGCCUUUGUCAAAUCUCGUUUACAACCCUUGGCCUAUAUGGCUCAAGCGGCUUUUAGUCAUAGUCAUUAUGCUCAGGUACCCAUUGAUGAACGUGUACAAAAGACAACCGAAAAGGAUCGUUUAUGGAUGGUACAACAUUUAAAUGAUUUUGGAGAACGUUGGGACUUGCUGGGACAAGAACAAGAUAUGGAGGGCGCUGAUCUUCAACAGGAUAUUGCAAAAUUAAUGCAUGAUGAUGAAUUGAAAGGAAGAUUAGGCAUUCCAGCUUUCUGGAUGCUUAGUUCAUCACCAUAAAAAACCAAAACCUUAUAUAUCUAGAACUCUACACACACACACACACACUUUUUUUCUUUCUUUCAUAUAAAUAUAUACACACACAACACCAUUUUACAUGUAAACAUAUAAAUUAGACACAUAAAAUAUGAAAAUAUAUAAACAUUUCAAAUCUA